GAGGUGAUCAUAGAGAGCACUUCCCUCCCCCUCCCCCACCAGAGCUCGAUUGGAGGCGCUGGAGGUUCCGGUGCCGCGCUGGCCGGUCGUUCAUUCUGGGAGAUGCGGUGACGAGACCUGGUCUGGGCCUUGCGGGCUGCCGUCAUGGCUAACGUGUAUUCCCUGGACGGUCUAUUGGUGUUCGGCUUGCUCUUUGUGUGCACCUGCGCCUACUUCCGGAAGGUGCCUCGUCUGAAAGCCUGGCUGCUCUCGGAGAAGAGGGGGGUCUGGGGUGUAUUCUACAAAGCGGCAGUAAUUGGUACCAGACUCCAUGCAGCAGUGGCAGUAUCCUGCAUUGUCAUGGCUUUUUAUGUCCUCUUUAUAAAAUGAAUUCCAGCUCUUUAGAUGGACAGUUUUGUUUGAAUGAAGGUGCUAAUAAAGGCAUGUCUCUUCUGCUUCAGAAGACAAUAUCUCUUCGAGGAACCGACACAGAACCCUGCACAGAUGUCAAGAGGAAAUUCUUCUAUGACCAAGCCUUGUUUGAGACCAA